AUGGAAAACCUAAUUAGGAGUGUGAUUCAAUCCACUCAAAGAAUUCAAGUUCCUGUUGAACCAGAUAUUCAAGAUGCAACAAUGGAGGACGUUCUCAACAAUUGCAUCGAAAAUAAUGCUUUGGCACAGGAACGUGAAGAAGAGGAGGCAAUGGAAGCUGAAGAACAACAUAUUGUUUCUGAUUCUGAAGAACCGGAUCAAGAUAUUGUUGGAACACUGAUGGGAUACACUGCUGAAACAGUGGAGGAACUUCUAAGUUUCUACGAAAAACAUGCUAGUGAGGUUGGGUUUUCCAUAAGGAAAGGAAACACGAGAUUCAAAGUUGGGACAAGAAUCGUGCUUGAAAAGACAUAUGUUUGUUCAGCAGCAGGAGUAACAAACAAUGGAAAGAACAAAAAGAAAAAAGUGCAAACAGUUGUUCCUGUGGUGCCCAAAAAAGAGAGAAAACCAAGGCAAGUUUCGAUCACGAGAACUCAAUGUAGGGCUUGCUUGAGAGUGAAAAUGAAUUCUGAAGGCAGAUAUGAGGUUGUUAAUCAUGUGAUAAUGCACAACCAUGAUUUAACUAGAAGUCAAUGGCACUACUUGCAUAGAUCUGAAAGGCAAAUAACGGAAGAGAAGAGGGAGGCAAUUGAAACUAUGCAAAAAUCUGGUCUGUCAUCCACGGCUUCCUUUAACUACAUGGCAAUUGAAGCUGGAGGUGAAGAAAAUUUGGGACACUCGAAGAAAGACCAUCUAAAUUACUGCACGAGGUUAAAAAUGAAGCAAAUAGAAGGAGGUGAUGCACAAGCAGUAACUGACAUAAUGUAUUUAGAGCUUGAAGGUGACCCAAACUUCUUUUUUAGAUUUAGAUUGGAUGAAAAAGGUAAAUUGAGGAGUUUGUUUUGGAGGGACUCUAUGAUGAUGGAAGACUAUGGAAUUUUUGGAGAUAUAGUGGUUUUUGACACGACGUAUAGAACAAACAGGUAUAACCUAAUUUGUGCUCCAAUAGUUGGAAUAAACAACCACUGGAACAAUUGCAUGUUUGGUUGUGCAUUCAUAGGAGAUGAAAAGAUUGAGUCGUUUGUGUGGCUUCUACAAACUUUCAAAAAGUCAAUGGGGGGAAAAAGUCCAAUAUCAAUCUUUACAGAUCAAGAUGCAGCAAUGAACAAUGCCAUCCAUCAGGUCUUUCCAGAUUCAAGACACAGAUUAUGUGUAUGGCAUUUGCAUCAGAAUGCUAUUACCAGAUUUGGGGCAUUGAAACGAGAUCCAACUUUUAAGAAGACAUUCAACUAUUGCUUGUAUAAGUGUGUCACAGUAGUUGAAUUUGAAACCAAUUGGAGAUCAAUGCUAUUGUUCAAAGGUACAAUACAACAUUGGAGAAGUACAGAAAAGCAAGCUGAAUUCUCUUGUAGUAAAUCGGUUCCAUCCUCGGCUUUACCACUAUCUGGAUUGUUGAAACAUGCAUCAGAAGUUUACACGUUGUCACUAUUCAGAGACUUUGAGGAGGAAUUUGGAUAUUCAAUUGCAACAACAGCAAAAUUAAUUUGGAAACAAGAAAAUACUGAGUUCUAUGCUGUGUCCAUUGAUGAAGAACCUUGGUCUGCACAGAGAGUAACAUACAUCCACGAGAGCCAAACAGUAUCAUGUACGUGUAAAAACUUUGAAGCUUCAGGAUGGUUAUGCUACCACUGCAUUAGGAUAUUGCACCUUCAUUCGGUUAACCGGAUUCCAGAAAAGUACAUCAAAAAGAGGUGGACAAAAUCUGCCAAGUCAUCAGUUUGGAACAAAUUAGAAAAUGAAAAACCAGAAGAGGUGCAGUACACACCUUGGCGCCAAACCAUGGCUAGGAAAUACUACAACCUUAUCUUGAAAAGCCAAUCAAAUGAGGAGACAAGAACCCUUAUGGAGGAUGGUUAUGCCGCUAGUGUGUCUCUGGUUGAUGAACUUCUAGCGUCAUUAAAUCUUUCAAACACUGACGACGCUUCAACCACAAAAACAAGUGCAACAGCAGCACCUGAAACAAGUGCAACAGCAGCACCUGAAACAAACUCAGCACCAGCAGGUACUCAUGCAACAACAACAAGUGAUACAAGUGUACAACAAGCAACAAGUUCUGAACCUGCAACAAACACAGCAACUGAACCUCCUAUGGUAUUGGAUCCUGAACGUUGCACAACAAAAGGAAGGAACAAAAGACCACGAGGACCAUUUGUCAAAAAGAAGAAGGGAAAAACUGCAGCGCCUCCAACAGCAGACUUUGGAACAAUAACUCCAAAUUUGAGAUUAUUUUGA